AUGAACAAAAAUAAUUUGACAAAGUAUUACAACAGAGACGGCAGCGAAAAGGUUUUAAGAUAUAAUUAUACUGCCGUAAAAAGAAGGCGAUUUUACUCAAAAGUAAUGACAUGUUUUAAAAUAAAGAGUUAUCGAAAACUGACCGCUAUAAUCGUCUUUGAAAUCAACCUCAAAAUCAUCCUUUUCUUUCGGUUCAAGUACGGGUUGAAGAACAACAAGGAGAAAAUACCGCGGUUAUACCAGACUGUCCUGUCUGCUAUUCCUACAAACUCUAGUACCUUAAAGUGCUCUAUACACUAUAAUAUACAGCUGAUGCAGAAGAGUUUCCCAAAAAGCAUGUAUGAGCAAGUCGCUAGCACACAGAAAAACUUACCUAAAGUCCCAAUACUCAGCAUCCAGUUCAACCCCUUUGAUCCUCCCGUAUCAAAUACACGCUUUUUUUUUACGUGUAUAAAACAUGACCGCAGAUCGUUAAAUGACACAAAUGUGAAAUAUGAACGACUCGCUAUCAAUUUACCCUGUGCCAUCUGGGAAGCUAUUUACCUCAAUUGUCGGAACCAAACAUUGCUCAAUUCCUCAUCGACUCUGCACACAAGUUACGCGCUAAAAACGCCUGCGUUCAUAUCCUACAACAAGAGAUCCUGUCAGGAGUGA